UUUUUUUUUAUUCUUUCUUUCUUUUUUAUCUUUUUUUUUUUUUUUUUAAAUCUCAUAAUGGCAACAAGCAUACAAAAGUCUCGACGUGUCAGUUUUGAUCUUGAACACAAUACCAUUCACGUUCUUCCUACUGAAAAACAAGUCAAAGAACAUGCUGAUAGAUUACGACGUGAAGCUUAUCAAAACCGAACUCUUAAUCAAGAACUUUUGGAUGAUUCUAUUAUUUCUGAAAUAGUUGCUUCUUGUAACUGUAACUCAAGACAAGAUGAAGGAAUAUGUUUAAAAAGUUGUUUGAAAAAACCUCCAACAAGAAGACAUAAAAGACAAAGACAACAACGUCGUAUUGAUGAUGAUGAUGAAUCGCGGAGAGUCAUCCAUGUCCAUUGAAUCUAUGGUUGUAAUAAUACAGUGAAUUUGUGUUUACCAUGGCUACUUCGGCUACUCUUUUUUUGGGUGAUGAACAAGAAAAAGAAACAAAAGAUUGGUUGAUGAAUGAUCCUAGUAGAUAUUAUUUAGAUGAUGAUUUUUUUACCCUUUUCCCCCCUUCUUUCUCCCCCCCCCCACUCUUCUUUAUAUAUUAUUAUUAUUAUUAUUAUUAUUAUUCACAAGAACAUUUACAUAUACAUAUACACAUAUGUCUCUUAUAGUAGUUAGUAUGUUUUUUUUUUUACCCCUCUUUCUCUCUCUUAUAUAUAUAUAUAUAUAUAUCUCCUCUU